AUACCCCAAAUUCUAGUAGACCGGGGUAUGGCGGAAAAAGAAUCAAGUGAACUCGGGAUUACAAAAGCAUCUUCAGUGCAAGAGAGAAUCAAAAAUAAUCGAAAGCGAAAGCUUGAAACUUCCGAAAACCAGCAACGAAGCUGGGGCUCCUUGAGAAGUUGCGGAUUGGCCCUAGGGUUUGAUAAGGAUUGGUGUUCUUAUGAAGAAAUUCAGUCUACUUGGGAAUAUAAUUAUGAAAUCGCCCUUUUUGCUAGGAUUGGACUCCACUGUCACAAUUUGCAGAAGGGAACAAACUAUAAGUUUAAACGCUUGGAAAAGUGUGGUACUCACUCGACUAGAUACGAGGACUACUACAUAACUUUCGAGGCAACGGAUCCGACCAGCAGCUCGGUCUUCUCUUUUCAGACCAUGUUAGGCAAUGAUUAUAAGAAUCUUACUUGGGGUAUCGGUCUUACGUUGGCGAGCUUAGCCGCCAGAAUCAAAGCAACACAUGGUACCGAGAGUGUGGAUGAAGUUUGGGACAUGGCUGCAAUAGAUGAUUUCUACAAAGGUCCGAUGCCCAAAUGGUUUUCUGAUGAGGCCUUGGUCCGUGACGAUAAAAAGUUUUACGUGGUGCAAGAAUCAGAGCUGCAUGAGAAUGACUGGCUGCAACUGCUCAUGGAAGUCGCCUUCUACUCCAAAACAGAGAGUGGUGUAAGCGCUUGCAAACCCUUGGAGAUCAAGAAGGUUGUUGUACAAACUUUUGAAGAAUACACAACAGAGGCUCGUGAGAAGCUCAAGGCAGAUAAUGCAAUCUUCUACAUAAGUUACAAGUGUAUUGCUGAUCCUUCAACACCCUGGGCUGGUGAGCACGACGCUAUAAUAAGGAAAACCAUGGAUGGGAAACCAGGGCACAUGAGCCUUGAAGUUGCUGUCACUAAGGAACAAAUAGAAGACAGAGAGACAUGAGGAUCUUGUCUGCUAUAUAAUCUAUCAGCUGCUAUCUAUUGGAAACUUUUUAUCAUGUUAGUGUUUAUUAUCUAUGCACGGAUGUUGUGUGUCUUUGGCUUGUGUUUAUGUCUUCGACUCUUUGGACUAGAACGGAGUGGGGUCUAUGUUUAAAA